ACUGGUUGGACAGGAAAUGUUGCCUAAGUGCCGGUGCCGCCGGCACCACUGCACUGCACCCCUGAGGUGGAGUGGGGCGGAGAGCAAUGAGAUUUCCGGAGGCCCUUGGGCACUACAAAUGUGCAUCCGGUUGCAGCUGAAACUGGAUGAACUCCAGAUCAUUCGGGAGACUGAAUGGUUGAUGGACAGGACGCACAGGGAGGUAGUCAUACCCAAAGUGCACAACACAGGGUCAACCCAUGGAAGGCUGCUGGACCAGACAAUAUUCCUGAUAGAGUGCUCAGAGGAUGUGCAGACCAGCUGGCAGAUGUUCUUCAACAUCUCCCUGAGCAGUGCCAUCAUUCCAACAUGCUUCAAGGACACCACAAUUGUCCCCAUGCCCAAGAAGUCUUCAGCGUUCUGCCUCAAUGACUACCGUCCCCCUACGCUCACAUCCAUCAUCAUGAAGUGUUUCAAGAGACUCGUCAUGAGGCACAUCAAGACCCUGCGAACCCCUCACUGGGCCCCCUGCAGUUCACAUAUCAUCCCAACCGCUCAACAGACGACGCCAUCUCCACCACCCGCCACCUGGCCCUCACCCACCUGGACAAAAAAGACACAUCCAUUCGAAUGCUGUUUAUAGACUUAAGUUCAGCAUUCAACACAAUCAAACCUCAGCACCUGAUUGGAAAGCUGAAACUGCUGGGCCUGAACACCUCCCUCUGCAACUGGAUCCAAGACUUCCUGACUGGGAGACCUCAGUCAGUCCGGAUUGGGAGCAGCAUCUCCAACACCAUCACACUGAGCACGGGGGCUCCCCAGGGCUGUGUGCUCAGUCCACUGCUGUUCACUCUGCUGACCCACGACUGCGCAGCAACACACAGCUCGAACCACAUCAUCAAGUUCGCUGAUGACACAACCGUGGUGGGUCUCAUUAGCAAGAACUAUGAGUCAGCUUACAGAGAGGAGGUGCAGCAGCUAACGGACUGGUGCAGAACAAACAACCUGUCUCUGAAUGUGAACAAGAGAUGGUUGUUGACUUCAGGUGAGCACUGAGUGACCACUCUCUGCUGAACACUGACGGCUCCUCCAUUGAGAUCGUUAAGAGCACCAAAUUUCCUGGUAUUCACCUGGCAGAGAAUCUCACCUGGUCCCUCAAUACCAGCUCCAAAGCCAAGAAAGCCCAGCAGCAUCACUACUUUCUGAAAAGGCUGAGAAAAGUCCACUUCCCACCUCCCAUCAUCACCACAUUCUACAGAGGAUGUAUCGAGAGCAUUCCGAGCAACUGCAUUACUGUCUGGUUUGGGAAUUGUACCGUUUCGGAUCGCAAGACCCUGCAGCAGAUAGUGAGGUCAGCUGAGAAGAUCAUCGGGGUCUCUCUUCCUGCUAUUAUAGACAUUUACACCACACGAUACACCCGCAAAGCUAACAGCAUUGUGAAGGACCCCACGCACCCCUCACACAAACUCUUCUCCCUCCUGCCAUCUGGCAAAAGAAGCAUUCGGGCUCUCAUGACCAGACUGUGCAACAGUUUCUUCCCCUAAGCCAUCAGACUCCUCAAUACUCGGGGUCUAGACUAACACUGUAAUUUGUCCUCUACUGUGCCUAUUGUCUUGUUUAUUAAUUAUU